CAUGACUAUACUUCUGCAAAUUUAAUUUUCUGUUUAAUUAGUAAGUAAACCACUCGUUUAUGCAACGCAACUGAAACUAAAGUUGCACUAUACUUCUCUAGUCAAGAUGGUUGAGGGGAAAGGAAGAAAAUGUUAUUAUCCGUGGGGUAGUACACAUCUAUUUGAGAUUGAUUCAAACAAAUCAUAUGAGUUCAUUAUUUGGAUUAAAAGCACACAACCCGAUCUUCACAACUUUCUUGGUUUUCGAGCGUAUGACAAAGACAGAAAUCUUCUGACCUUCCUAUUACUUCCAAGUGAAUAUAAGCAGUAUUAUUCCGAUGUCACAACCAAACCGUAUUUCAAAAGAAGCAACAAUGAUGCAAAAACGUGGACAUGGUGGAAUGGAUUUGUACUUUCAGAAGGAGCUGAUGACAUUUCUUCUCUCUUCAGUAAUGGACGAAAGUGGGUGUGGCCACGAGGUGCCAAGUAUGCGCAGUUGAGGUUUGGCACUUGCUAUGGCGACGGAGAGAAAUUCAACCAAGGAAUCACUUAUUUCAGUCGUCCUCGAGUGGAGCAAAUCGACUGAUUUACAGUCGUAAACUUAUGUCAUGUACAUAUACUUGUGUUUUUUCAGACAAAUUGACUUAACAACAAGGAAUAGUUGUUAGAGCGUUACCAUGGCAGCACCUUUCAUUGCUACUACUAGUAUCUUUAUAGUAAGUUAAAAGACUCUCAUUUUGAUUGCACUACUAGAGUUGUAGCGUGCAAGUGACGUAGUAAGUUUUCAAGCCAAAAACAAAUCUAGAAAUCGUGUUUCGUGUGACUUUGCUGUCUAUAGAAUUAUUAGUAAUUUGCUAGAUUAGUUUUAGACUUAGGCAGUAAUCAAAA